UGACAAAAUGGAACACAGCAGCAGUGUGAGGAGACCUGAAAGUGGCACAUGGCAGAAGCGUGUGGCGAUGGAGACAGCAGCAAUGGGAGGCCGUACAGGGACCCAUGACACACUGUGCACCUGGCAGCAGCAUGAGGAGGCGGUACAGGGGCCCAUGGCAGAUUAGGGGCCUGGCAGCAGCAAUGGGAGCCCGUAAUCUGCCAGCACCCUAUGACAAAAUGGAACCCAGCAGCAGUGUGAGGAGACCUGAAAGUGGCACAUGGCAGAGUGUGGCGAUGGAGACAGCAGCAAUGGGAGGCGGUACAGGGACCCAUGAGACACUGUGGACCUGGCAGCAGCAU